AAAUUUACCGUAGUCGCUUGCUAGAGCUCUGUUUCGGGACGGCUUGGCUGGCCUCGGGCCUUAUUCUUCAGUCAUUCCUUUGGUGUUGAUGUUAGAUUCUUGAACCCUCACAAAGCGCAAGGCUUCAAAGCCUCGUCAGAUCUUCUCUCAAAUGUCGACGGACGGAUUGGAGUCAUUCAAGCCCUACACUCUCUCGCAAACCCUAACUAGUCACAAGCGCGCCGUCUCCGCCGUUAAGUUUUCAUCCAACGGCCGUCUUCUUGCGUCUUCCUCCGCCGACAAGACCCUCAGAACUUAUGGCUUUACCAAAUCCGAUUCCGAUUCCGAAAGCCUCAUCCUCUCUCCUAUGCAGGAGUAUCAGGGCCACGACCAGGGCGUCUCCGAUUUGGCCUUUUCGUCCGACUCUCGUUUUCUUGUCUCCGCCUCUGAUGACAAGACCCUUCGCUUGUGGGACGUUCCCACGGGCUCGCUCAUCAAAACACUCCAUGGCCAUACUAAUUACGUUUUCUGUGUCAACUUCAAUCCUCAAUCCAACGUCAUCGUUUCGGGUUCCUUCGAUGAGACUGUUCGGGUCUGGGACGUUAAGUCCGGAAAGUGCUUGAAGGUCCUUCCGGCUCACUCCGAUCCCGUUACUGCUGUGGAUUUCAAUCGGGACGGCUCCCUCAUUGUUUCCAGUAGUUAUGAUGGGCUGUGUAGGAUUUGGGAUGCCUCAACUGGGCAUUGUAUGAAAACUUUGAUCGAUGAUGAGAACCCUCCCGUUUCCUUUGUCAAAUUUUCGCCCAAUGGAAAGUUUAUUCUUGUUGGGACUUUGGACAACACUCUGAGGCUGUGGAACUACUCAACCGGGAAGUUUCUGAAGACUUACACUGGCCAUGUUAAUUCAAAAUACUGCAUUUCCGCUGCAUUCUCCAUAACAAAUGGGAAGUAUGUUGUUGGUGGUUCUGAAGACAACUCUAUAUACUUGUGGGAGCUGCAGUCGAGGAAAGUCGUUCAGACAUUGGAAGGUCACUCCGAUGCUGUUAUAUCUGUGUCAUGUCACCCUACAGAGAACAUGAUUGCUUCUGGUGCUCUCGGCACUGAUAAAACAGUGAAAAUCUGGACUCAACAGAAAAACUGAGUUAUUUCGGGUUCUUUUGUGUGUGACGAGGCAUGCAUGGUUUAGUUAAACUAGAGUUGGGAGGACAAAAUAACUCUGUCAUCAAACGUCAUGCUUGUUUUCUGUAAGAGCCCUUCUAUGCAGGAAUUUGUAGCCCUAGGAGGUCGCCUUUGUAAUUUACAGGGUUUCAGUAUGGAGGACGAGGAACUGUUCUAGUAGAGGAUAUCAAUGUGUAAUGUCCCUUCAAAUUUUAAGAUUCAAUAGUUUGGAUUCAGAGAAUGUUUUUGUGCAGUUCGGCUUCUCUGUUAUAUAAUUCCAUAUUACAUCUUC